GCGCGGACAUCCUUACCGCCAUUUCUUAUGCUGUCUCUUCAUUCUAAACAAGAUGUCUAAGCCUUCCCAAGCGGGAUCGUCGCCUUACAGCGAGUACAUAAGCAAGGCAGAAGAUAUUGCCGAUCAGAUCCUUCGAAACAGCAAACACGUGCUUCCUCAUGUCGCGCGAUUCUGUUUGAUUUCGACUUUCUUCGAAGAUGGCUUUCGUAUGUGGUUCCAGUGGGAUGAACAGCGUGACUACAUGGAUCAAACGUGGCAUUGUGGAACAGUCGUCGGAACCUUGUUCGUUCUCUUCAAUUUAGUCGCCCAGUUAGCGGGUUGUGUAAUGGUGUUAUCCCGGCAAAAAGUGGAAAUCGCCGUGGGAAUGUUAUCUUCUGUUAUUGUAGUCCAAGUAAGUGUUGCCUCUGUCGUGUAUACCUUUUUUAUUUAUUUUUUCCCCCUCAAACUCCUCUAUACGUCUCCAGAAGAUCACUCAACAAAGAGUGAUUUCUAUGUAUGGUGAAUCUGUCUUUAUAAUAGCUAUUUUAAAUACUUGUUUCUUAUUUAAGUCUCUGCAAUAUCGGGUUACAUCGACUCGAAGAGGAAACUAAUUGUAAGGAAUUAUAUCUCUUUCAUUUUCCUCUGUCGAGUGCCUUUGAGAGAUCGAACUGUAUAAUCAAUAAUUUACGGUAAUUUAAUGCAAACCUAGAAUUAAGUUCUUUUUGCGCUCCCACCCAAAAUUAUUAAUUGCUCAUUUCAUUUUCUUUUACAGACUCUCGCAUACAGUAUCUUGUGGGAUUUCAAAUUUUUGCUCAGGUAGGAUAAUGUUACUAUUUGUUCUCUCUCUGGCAAUUAGUGGAAAGAUGCUCCUAUUGUUUAACCAUUAAGCUUCUUGCAUAAGUUUAUUUCCUCUGAUUCACUAUUUAUGUGUUGAAACAAAUAAAAAUUAUUUUAAAAGGAAUAUUUUUCAUUGACUGGCUCCAAGGCCUUUCACGCCCAGGAGUGACCAAAAAAUGUCUCCUUGCAAAAUCAAUUAAUUUUUAAGCAAAAGUUGAUAAGAAAGAAAAAAAGUAACAAUUUGGGGAUAUAUGAAUAAAGGGGGUAACGUUCCAAAGAAACUGUGGUGCUGCAUCAGUUGUAAAGUGUAACAGGGUAAUCAAGUAUUAUUAACUGAGUUGAUAACGUAAAUUGGCCGCAGUAAAGAGUUUUGCGUCAUCAAAUCAGUUGAUAAUACUUAAUUACCCAGUUAUUUGGGGAUACAGUUUUAUUAUUUCCCAAAUUCUGCUCUUUUUAGUAUAAGAAAUGUAUAAUAGACAGUGCAAAGAAUUGCCAUAACCUUAGAAGUGAAGGGAUUAUCCCAUUUGCUGACAAAAGUGACUAGCGUGCAGCUGUUCAUCUCAAUAUCAAGGCAAUAACAGGAAGAAAGGUGAUAGAAAUUGACAAACUUAUCAGCUUGACAGAGUUGUCCUCUGCUGACACUAAUUUUGUAUUUUGGAUACAAAAAGUUAUUGCAAUGUUUUGACAUCUCCAUUUUUAUUUUUUCUCUUUCUUUAGAAACCUUGCUCUUGCCGGUGCCUUGUUACUUCUCUUGGCUGAAUCUCGGUCUGAGCAGAAGAGUCUGUUUGCCGGAGUGCCGACCAUGGGAGGGAACACCCCUAAAACAUACCUUCAACUAACUGGUCGCGUUCUUCUUGGUUUCAUGUUUGCAACCCUGAUCAAGUUAAGAUUUUCUUUUGUCUACAUCUUGCAAGAUGUACUAGGUACAAUUCUGAUGGUCCUCGUGGCUGUAGGGUACAAGACCAAACUUGCGUCAUUGGUGUUAGUGCUUCUUUUGGCCAUAAUCAAUGUUUAUCUGAAUCCUUGGUGGAUGUACCACUCCCAGUCACCAUUGAGAGAUUUCUUAAAGUACGACUUCUUCCAGACCACUUCAGUUAUUGGUGGUUUGCUCCUAGUUGUUGCCCUUGGCCCUGGCGGAGUUAGUGUUGAUGAUUAUAAGAAGAAAUGGUAAAUACAUCAAGGGACAUUAAAGUAUACAAUUUUUUUUCCCUAUCAAUGCAAGUGAAGUCUAAAACUAUCUGGAUUACAAACUAAAGACGUAGCUUCUUUAUACUCCUUUAUAAAGCCUUGCACUACAUUUGAUACAUGUUAGCCUUGAAUCUGGCAGUAUAUCAUUAGUUGAUGUGCAAAUCUUUCGCUAAAUUUGAAUUUUUUUUAAAUUCUGUUCUACAUGUGUUAGAACUGUUGCAAGAAAUUAGAAUUGUAGCCAUGUUAGAGCUGUAUUGCCAAGGUUCCAAUCUGCCUCUCAGCGUACAAUUUGUUGAGGCAUAUUGUAACAGGUACUGUCAUUUCCUUUUAAUUUUAAAACUAGGAGAUUUACGUACAUAAGUGUAUUCUUAAGUUGUGUUUGGGUAAUGAUUGUCUGUCAGACACAGCUCUCUGUUUACACUUCAGACCUAAAUACAGAGUUAUAUGUUCCUUCUUCUGAGGUGUCUUUGAUGAGUAAGUUAAAUUAUUGUUUUGCUUUGAAAUCUAUUAGUCAUGGAGUUUGCAAGUUUGUCAACAGACAAGAGCUGAAUUUUUUUCAUACAUAUUUUUGUUGUUUCAGCACAGAUAACAUUUACUAACCCUGUGUGGUUUGUCAAAAGAUUUGCCUUUACCCUUUAAAUCCCUGAAGUGAUUCAUAUGAAACUUCUCCCAUUAAUAUUAGGUAGAAGGUUUUAUUCAGAUUGAACACCAAAUUCUAUUAUUUUAUUUACAAGGAAAUGUGUAGUAGCCAGAGGGGAGAAUUAACAAUCUAAUCUUAGGAGUUAAAGGGUUAAGGCUGAAGUGGUUAUCUUGGUGGGAUUUAAUUAACUGUUUGCAGAAGUUACUUGUAGUUUGCUAUUUAUUUUGCAACAAAUCUAUGAAACAUGAAUCAGUGGAAUAUUUUUCUAGCAGAAUUACAAGUGAUAAUUUUGUAGUGAUAGACUCUCAAAAUGAACACUCAACGAACCAUAACAAAAGAGUUGUAGACUGUAAACUUAAAAAGAGUGCUGGUUUUGAAAGUUACUCUGAUUGAAUCAUGGUGUGAUCUAUUGGCAGACUAACAAUUUAGGAUUUAAAAAAAGUGCUGUGUAGUGUUGUGUGCUCCACAAUAACAUAGUGUGUCAGAGAGUUUUCAAUGAGAACUAAAGUUAAAUACUACAAGUGUUUGUCUACUUAUUAAUAAGAAUAUGUCUCCGAAAGAUAGGAAGGAAUUUUGUUGCUUAGUUAUGCUCGUAUGAAUACAGCUUCCAGUUUGCUUUCCAAUUUUUAAGAGUUAACAGUGAUAAUAGUCCAUUAACCCAUUAACUCUCAUGAGUGACCAAGACAGUAUUUCUCCUUACAGUAAUAAUAAGAUAUCAAGCAGACAGGUGAUGAGAAUAAAGAAAAAUACAAAUUUAGGAGCUGAUCAGUUGAUCCAAUACUAAAUUAUCCUAACUAACAUUAUAAGAAUUGUAUGACUUAUAGUAAGGAGAAUUAGUCAUGAAAUCUUGGGAGAAAAAAGGUAAUAAUCAGUUGAGAGUUCAGUCAUACAAUCCAUAGCUAGAGGAAAUUCACUGUAGAACUCAUCCUUCCUUGUUGAAAUUGUUUCUUUAAAAUUCUUUAUUAAUUCAAAAGGUAGAAGGUAGAAGAUAACCUCUUUGAGAUCUUGAAUUGUUGAAGGAUAUAUAUUUUAUUUUUUCAUACUCUGUAUUCUCUUAAAGAGAGAGAAAUUUGCACUUUGUUUGCUAUGAAUAAUUAAAUAUUAGGUCUUAAACUGCUUCAUUGAUGGAAAAUUUAGCACCCAUAUUGAUCAAUUGUAAUUAUCACAGACUAUAGAAAUAUCUUGUAGAACAUCUCUUACACAGGUCAGAUCAAUUUAAUUCUCCAUUAAAACAAUCAAGAAAGCUAACUCUGAAAGUUGUAAGGUUACUAAUAAACAUAAUUUAUAGUUUGAUUAUUUUUGCAAUAUCUGUUGUUUAUUGUAUUAUGUAAAGGUAUUCUAACAGUUGAAAGUAAUUUCAGUUGCUGUAGAGAGCACAAUUGACUACUCUAGAUGGAACAACACAAUGAAAAUGUCAUUAAAAUAGAAAAACUUCCCAUCAUUUUCACUGGUCUGAUUCAUCUAGUUAGUAAUCAGCAGUCACAAAGAAAUUUUGCAAGUGGCCCUAACAAAAAGUCCUGUAGUUUUAUUUACUUUUUCUCUUCUUGUUU